GCAGGGGGACGCGGCGGACCUCGGCUUGUUUUGUCACCGCCGCGCCGAGGCCGAUCUCUCAUGCUUGUGGCCGGUUAUCAGCUUCCUUCUCGGGUGACAUCGGUGGCUAUGACUUGAAUUGUCGUGCUUGACUCCUUCACUUGUCGAGUCUCCUGGAUCUUCCUGCUCGUCCUUUUUUCUCCUCCAUCCACAGCUCUUCCGUCUUCGGAGCAAGUGUCGUUUAGAGGCCCCGCUCCGAUUUCCCUUCCGCCCGCCUUUCUUUUGAUCCGUCGCUCGUCGGGUCUGAACUGGUAUUCGGUCGAUAUACACCAUGACCGGUCAAUCGAAACCUGUCCGCCUGUCUCCUUGGGGCAGCGCGGUUGCAGGCGCAACGGGCGCAGUCCUCGCCAACGCGAUUGUAUACCCGCUGGACCUGGUCAAGACGAAGUUGCAGGUCCAAGUCAAGCAGGUCAAGGGAGACGUUGGAACAGAAGAAGUCGAGCACUAUGAAUCGACCAUGGACGCCAUCAAGAAAAUCGUCGAGAAGGAGGGUCCCACUGGUCUAUACUCUGGAAUCACGGGAGGUCUGCUGGGUGUUGCUUCCACCAACUUCGCCUAUUUCUACUGGUACAGCAUAGUCCGAACCCUCUACAUGGCUUCAAACAAGAGCCCCAAGCCCCCCGGGACCGCGAUCGAGUUGGGCCUCGGUGCGGUGGCCGGCGCGGUGGCCCAGAUCUUCACCAUCCCGGUUUCGGUCAUCACAACCCGCCAGCAGACACAACCGAAGGAAGAGAAGAAGGGCCUGAUUGAGACGGGUCGCGAGGUGGUCGAGAGCGAGGACGGCUGGACCGGCCUCUGGCGCGGCCUCAAGGCCAGUUUGAUCCUCGUUGUCAACCCGGCCAUUACCUACGGCGCAUAUCAGCGUCUGAAGGAUAUCUUUUUCCCGGGAAAGAACAGCCUCAAGCCUUGGGAGGCAUUCUUCCUUGGUGCCAUGUCCAAGGCUCUGGCAACCAUUGCGACUCAGCCUUUGAUCGUUGCCAAGGUUGGCCUGCAAUCCCGUCCGCCCCCAAGCCGAAAGGGCAAGCCCUUUAAGACCUUCGGGGAGGUCAUGAAGUAUAUUAUCGAAAACGAAGGACCGCUCUCUUUGUUCAAGGGCAUCGGCCCGCAGAUCACGAAGGGUCUGUUGGUGCAGGGUCUGCUGAUGAUGACCAAGGAGAGGAUGGAACUCCUCUUCAUUGUUCUGUUUGCCUAUCUCCAGAAGAUCAGGAAGGAGAAGCUUCAGAAGGCAGUUGACGCUGCUGCAUCAACGGCCAAGACGAGCCUGCCUGCUACUCUGAAAUAAGCAGUCUUUCUAUGCCAAUACUUCUUC